AUGGAAAUAGGAACCAAAGGACCAUCACCUCCACCAACCGAUCAUCCACCUCCACCAACUGAUCAUCCACCUCCGCCAACUGAUCAUCCACCUCCACCAACCGAUCAUCCACCUCUACCAACCGAUCAUCCACCUCUACCAAGCGAUCAUCCACCUCCACCAACCGAUCAUCCACCUCCACCAACUGAUCAUCCUCCCGAUGAUUUGAAUCGAGUAAAACAAGUAAUGGAAUGUUGUUUCACAGCUGCUUUAUCAUCUCAAGACCAUAAAGGAUUCUUACCGUUGGGGUGAAGGACAAGCUACCUCCCUG